UUUAAAAUGCUGUUUUAUGAUGAUCUACUGUCUACAAUAUUCAGAGGCUAGCUGUGAUGGACCUGAGAAAUGUUGUGUGGGAUUUAAAUGGGACGAACAAAUAGGAAACUGCACGAAAUGCGAUAUAGGAUACACCGGGCGACAUUGUGGAGAAAAAUGUCCAUAUCCAACCUAUGGUGAAAUUUGUCAACAAGUCUGCGAAUGUAAUCAACCCUUGUGUGAUUUCUCCACAGGAUGUAAAAGUAAUAUUACUACAUUUUUGAUAUCUACAACUUCAUCCCUAUUUCCCCUCCUUGAAACAACAAAUUUGGAUGUAUCUCAUAACUCUUCAUCAAGAAAAAAGAAUUCUAGUGUGGUCCUUGGUACUUCGAUGAAAUCAUCAGCGAAGGAGAAUAGAACCAAUGACAUAUUUCUACACCCAAUAGUCCUAUCGCUAUUCUCAUUCAAUAUAGUAUUUAUAAUCAUUAUUGUGAUCCUCCUCACGCUUGUGUUUAGAAAAUUAUACUGCAGAACAGAUUUCCUGCAAAUCUCUAAAGAGGAAAUUGAAAGUAUGAAAAUGGAAUACACUCAGAUGCAGGACGAAAAUCAAAGGGAAACGAAUAUAGAUCGGUUAAUUCAACCUCAGUACAUGACAAACAUUUCAAACACCGUCAUAAGGCUUGGUGUAAAUGAUAAAAGUUUGUGUAAAGAUCCUUCAGAAAAUGCGGAAUAUACAGAUCCUAAAUCCAUGUGUACGGAAAUGACGUCAGUGACCCUUUCUGAAAAUAAAGACCUGAAACGUAAUGGACUUCUGCAGUUUGUAAGGCGACCUUGCCAGUCUGUUGAUGAAAAUGUUUAUAUGACGACAGACACAUUAACAUUUGAGGGUGAAACGGAAACAAAGACAUUUUUAAAGUAAAGAUUUAGGAUAAUAAAAUUAAUA